AUGGCUUCGCGCCUCGACAAGCUCCUCGAGCUCCUCGAUACUGGCUCAAGUCUCGAGAUCCGUCUUGCAACAGCAAAGAAUAUUGCUCACAUUGCUACAAAAUGUCUCCGCAAGGACUCGGGCAUCGAAGGAGACGCCCAGGAGAUCAAACCAGCCUUGGACGCGCUCGGAAGCGUGAUUCAACCCCUGGAAUCCACUGAAGACUGGUCAGACGUGAUUUCUGUCGUCGCAAAGGCAGAGACUAGAAACGCCGCUGCAAACACCCUUUCGCAAAUUUGUACUCUUGCACCCGUCUGGGCACCACUUCAUCCAGCAUUGCCAGACGCGGCCUCAGACGUCGAAUUUCCACCGUUUUCUGUCGAGCAAAUCCUGGAAAGUGGUAAACUUCUCCUGUCCUCUUCGGGACAAGAGUUCAACAAGGCGGGUGGCGCUGGCUCAGCUGCGGAGCUGGAACGUGCCCGGCGGGAGGCAAAGACAAGACUUGGAUUGGAUUUUCUUGAUGGAGAUGAAGACGAUAACGGUUGGACCCAGGAGCUCAUGGAGGAAGCCGCCAACGUGAAUGUCGACGAUGAACAGACAAACCAUGUCAAGUCUCCCGAAUCAAAAAUGGACGCAACGAGCCCUAUGUCUCGAACAGAUGAUCCAGCUUCACCCAUGUCCGUCGAUACGCCCUACUUUCCUCUCGCCCGACCUGGUGCUGGAGCUCGCACGGAUUCACAUCAGUUGUCUGACGAUCGCCUGGAUUCACCCACGGCAGAGUACCCCAACGACACUGCACUCUCUGCGCGCGAGAGGAACAGGCUCAAACGAAAGCGCCGUCAGGAAGAGGGAGCGGGCCCAAUCAUCACUCGAGCAGCUGCUCCCCCUGCAAAAAUACGUAUCGUCGAGCAAGAAGGGAAACCGACGCCAAAGCCGGCAGCAUCAUCCCCACCGCCGAAUGAAGACGAAAAGAUUGUCAUCGAUCCACAAAAAGGAGGUCAAGUAGAAGCAAAGGAAAAAUCAUCUCAUCGAGCGUUGGAAGUCAAGCCAGGACAGUGGAUAUGGGCUGGACUGAUGAAAGUCCUCUCGGUAGAUCUCUUCAAUGCGAACUGGGAGACUCGCCACGGAACAGCGCUGGCACUCCGAGAGGUGAUCAAACUUCAGGGCGCUCAUGCCGGAACACUCUAUAAUGCCACCGCAGAAGAAAAUGCGAUCAAUCAUGCCAAAUGGUGCAACGAUAUGGCGGCCAAAUUGCUUUGCGUAUUCGUCAUGGACCGAUUCUCAGACUAUGUAUCUGAUCAAGUCGUCGCGCCCGUACGGGAAAGUGCAACGCAAGCGCUUGCAGCUCUCUUACUUCACAUGCCUGAAAGCUCCGUCUAUCAUGUCCACAGGAUACUGUUGGCAAUGAUACGUCAGGAUCUCAGUCAACUUCCCGCAAAGAAGCCUAAGAAUGGCUAUGUGUGGCAAGUCCGCCACGCUGGCUUGCUCGGUCUCAAGUACGAGGUUGCUGUACGCGAAGAUCUCAUUGAGCGGCAGGAGAGCCGAGAGCUUUUACGAGGUGUUGUAGAAGCUGCACUGCUAGGGCUUGCGGAUGCAGACGACGAUGUGCGAUCCGCUGCAGCAGGCUGCUUGAUCCCCGUCUGUGGAUCUAUCGUGAGAUACCUCCUGGAUGAGCUCCCGAAACUACUCGCUAUCCUUUGGAGCUGCUUUGAGUCUAUGAAGGAUGACUUGAGCUCGAGCGUUAGUGCCGUAAUGGAUCUUCUUGUUGCCUUAACGAAUUAUGAUAGGGCUCUUGUCGCAUUCCCUGAUGUCAUGGCCAUGUUUUCGGACUCGACGAGAUCGCGUCCAUUAGAUCAACUGGCACCCCUCCUCUUCCCAUUCUUCCGUCAUACAAUCUCCAAUGUUCGCCUUGCUGUCGUGCGCACGCUUUAUGACUUUCUCUCCGUUCCCAGCCUACCAUACAACUGGGCGAACAAUUCAUUCUUUCGCCUCUUAUUCCAAAACGUUCUACUAGAGGAGCGAGACGAUAUCAGAGCAUUGUCUGUCCGAACGUGGCGCCUCGCUCUCGGAAAAGUCAUUCCUAACGUCAGCAACAUGGACGACCUCAUACCCGUUUUGAUCUUUCGAGAUUGGAUCGAAACUUGUACAACGCCACUCGGCGACCCCAUUGAUACAUCUAGGCUCUUCAUCUUACCGCAUUUUGACGACAUGACCGAAGUACACAACGUGGACAAGAACAUGAUUUCUCAAGACCUGUCACUCAUAGACCUGGGCACUGUGUGGAAAGCACGUAUAGCAUCAGCUCAAUGCCUAGCAAUUUUGGCGAACGCUCUACCCCAGCAACUACACAAUGAAUAUUUUGAUCUUCCGCUCAAGCAUUAUCUCAACUCGCCAAGCUAUUUCCACAAGUUUAUGGGCGCCACCAUACUUCAGGAAUGGUCUUCAGAGUACGAAACGGCAACCGGAAACCCGUUCGCCGCCUCCUCGCCGCUCGCAGACGAACUCAGUAAAGUCAUUGUAUCGGUCCUGGUGGCAGAUCCGCCGGCAUGUUAUCACGAAACACUCUACGUCCUGGAUCAACUCUGUAGGAUGUGCAAUUCGCUCGUCAUAUCGUUCCUACAAGACUCCAAAUUCAGCGCCACGAAUCCUGGCCUACCACAGAUGGCUUCUCUAGGAAGCGAAGCCGGAAGCUUCACUCUCGUGCAUGCACGCUCUACCGUUGAUUGGCUGGAUAACCUUCACAAUCUCUUCCAAAAGCCAAAGAAGAAGAAGGAUGUCACUCGGAUCGACGAUUCCAAGAGGUCAAUCCGCGAGCUGAUACACGUGUUUGAGGAGAUGAAAUCCGCCGAGGACUCGCAAGUUGCCGCUGCUUUCGCAUCCGCCGCGAUUGCUCUAAAGGCUAUCCCACCCAAACUGACCCCGCUUAUCAAGGGUGUCAUGAAUAGCAUAAAAACAGAAGAGAUUGAAGACUUGCAACGUCGCUCCGCGGGCUCAUUAGCCGCGUUCAUUCAUUUCUCUUCGACCAGUCCGUCUUCAGCAUUGUCCAACUCUGUGGACAAGGUUAUCAAAAACCUGUGCGUAUUCCUAUGUCAGGACGAAGCCCACACGCCGCUCUUUGCCAAAAUUGGAAAGGAAGAGGGGAUACUCUCAUUUAACAAAGUAUUGGCUACGACGGUUGUUGCCGCUGGUCGACACAAGGAUGUUCCAGUCGAUGAGCCAAAGGAAAUCGUCGCUGCUCGGAUCAUGAGACGCGGAGGCGUCGCGGCCUUUGUUCAAAUGACCAUGAUCUUUGGUUCAAGUCUAUUUGAGAAAGUACCAAAGAUAUGGCAAUGCGUAUCGGAGGAGCUACUCAAGGCAUACCCUCCCGACUCAAUCACAGACGCCGAUGCGGCCCUUCUCGAUGGUGCCGGACAGGGGCUACUAGACACUUUAACGGCGCUGCGCGAUGUGUUGCCAACAUUGCACGCUGAUCUGCAUUCGAAGAUUGAGGAGCUGUUCCCCAGUCUCCUACUCAGUCUGCAAUCCAAAUUUGCGGUCAUACGUCAAGCUGUUUCCAAGUGUUAUGCAGCAAUAUGCGACGUGAUGACGUCAAAGGCCAUGCUAUUUCUUGUGCAGAAGAUUCUUCCACUGAUAGAUGAUGUGGAGAAUGUGAAAAGGAGGCAAGGCGCUGUCGAGCUCAUUUUUCAUGUUGUUGGUGCGCUGCAGAUGAAGAUUCUUCCAUAUAUUCUUUUCCUGGUGGUCCCGCUUCUCGGUCGAAUGAAUGACGUUGAUGAGGAUAUUCGUUCUGCUGCAACCAACUCAUUUGCUACUCUGAUCCAGCUAAUGCCAUUGGAGCACGGUCUUCCCGAUCCUCCAGGGUUCCCAGAGCAGCUCUUGAAAAAGCGUGAUGAAGAGCGAACGUUCUUAUCUCAGCUGUUGGGCGGAGGUCAGGUUGAGAACUACCAGAUACCAGUCACAAUAAAUGCCGAGCUGAGAAAGUAUCAGCAAGAGGGCGUCAACUGGCUUGCUUUCUUGCGCAAGUACCAACUCCAUGGCAUUCUCUGCGAUGAUAUGGGUCUUGGGAAGACAUUGCAGUCUAUCUGCAUAUUAGCAAGCGCUCAUCACGAGCGAGCGGAACGAAAUGAGCCUCAUCUUCCAUCCUUCAUCGUGUGUCCUCCGACCCUUACGAAUCACUGGCUCCAUGAAAUCAAUCGAUACGCAAACAACCUGAAACCAAUCAUAUAUGCUGGACCAGUAAAGGAACGUCGUGCCAGGUCGAAAAGGCUAAAGCAAUACGACGUUGUCAUUACCUCUUACGAUGUGGUACGCAACGAUAUCAACGUUCUCGCCCAUCAAACUUGGUUAUAUUGCAUACUGGAUGAAGGUCACUUGAUCAAGAAUGCGCGAUCAAAAGUGUCUCAAGCCGUCAAGACGAUAAAAGCACAUCAUCGCCUCAUUCUCUCCGGGACCCCAAUUCAGAAUAAUCUCCUAGAGUUGUGGAGCCUUUUCGACUUCCUGAUGCCCGGAUUCCUGGGCAAUGAGAGUCAAUUCAACGAACGCUUCGCUCGACCUGUCCUUGCAAGCAAAGAGGGCAAGAUGGGUGCUAAAGGAGCGGAGAGUGCGGCGCGUGCAUUGGAGGCCCUGCACAAACAAGCAUUACCCUUCCUUCUUCGCCGCAUGAAAGAAAAUGUUCUGAACGAUUUGCCGCCAAAAAUCAUACAGGACUACUAUUGCGAUGUCUCUCCGCUGCAGCAGCUGCUAUUCGAGGAAUUCCAAACGUCCAAGGCUUCUGAGGAAGCGACAACAUCAGUGAAGAGUGAAGGUACCAAAGGGCAUGUAUUCCAAGCGCUUCAAUAUCUGCGCAAAGUUUGCAAUCAUCCGGCGCUUGUUCUCAAGGACGAACAACCGGAGACCGCCGCCAUUCUAGAGAAGUUGGCCGCAAAUGGCGAGGAUGUCAAGUCAGUACGGGAUAUAGAGAAUGCGCCCAAGCUUCUUGCACUAAAACAAUUGUUGCAAGAUUGUGGGAUUGGCGUUACAUCCAAGGAUCUAGAAGCCCCAGAGGACCACCUGGAGCUACCUGCCGAGCCACCACAGCAUCGAUGUCUCAUCUUCUGUCAGAUGAAGAUGAUGGUCGACGUCAUCGAGAAGGACUUAUUCCAGACGAUGAUGCCGACGGUUAGCUACAUGCGACUCGACGGCACCACGGAGUCACAGCGCAGACACGCAAUCGUGCAGACAUUCAACGAUGAUCCCAGCAUCGACUGUCUUCUCCUUACGACCCAUAUCGGAGGACUCGGACUCACUCUCACCGGAGCUGACACGGUCAUCUUCGUCGAACAUGACUGGAACCCAAUGAAAGAUCUGCAGGCAAUGGAUCGUGCCCACCGACUUGGACAAAAACGCGUCGUCAAUGUGUACCGACUGAUAACAAAGGGCACCUUAGAAGAAAAGAUUAUGGGUCUCCAGCGUUUCAAACUCAACAUUGCCAAUACAGUCGUCACUCAGCAGAAUGCUGGUUUGGAAUCUAUGGAUACUGACCUGGUUCUCGACUUGUUCAGGAAGCCGACCACCGAUCAGGACGACGCGGCAGCCUCUAAUAAAAGGAGCAACAUGAGCAACGGUCCGGUCUCCCAGAAGGAUAUUCUCAGUGGUUUGGAGGAACUACAUGGGGAGGACGAAUACGCUGACAUGAAUUUGGAAUCUUUCAUGAGUACACUGAGGCGCUAG